AUGCAGGAACGUCCAGCGCGGCUCUCACCCGAACCUGUCAAGGAUGACGAUGAGCAGCCUGUGUUUGAUGAGGUCUACGACCUGCUUUGGCAGGCCAUUGAGCAGCACGAUGUCAACAUCGUCCGGCAGCUUCUCCACCGGUUCAUAUCGAUCUACCCGUUCCUUCUGACAUGGCAAGACAAGGAGGGGGCAAUGCCGCGGUUGGUGACGGUAGCGGCGAGGAGCGGCGCUGUGGGAGUCCUGGAAGUGUUUCUCGAAUAUCACAGCUGCCGGGAAUCUCCGAGCCGAUCUCUUCAUGAUGAUGACGACGUUCGGAGACCUUUCUUCACAACGCUGAAUGCAGCAUGCCAGGCCGCGCAGACCGGAGCCGUGCGCUAUCUUCUCGACCUCGAUCCGCCCCAGGCCGAGCAGAGAGACGAGACUGUCCGCCUGCUACUAAACCGCGGUGCUGAUGCGACCGUCGUACUCAAGGAUGACGAUCAGACAGUACGCGCGACGGUGCUGACAAUGGCUAUGCUGUCUGGGAGCCCCCGCGUAAUCAAGUGGCUCGUCGAAGCUGGUGCCAGCCUUGAUGUCAAAAUAGAAAGAAAUUCGACUCUGCUGCACCUUGGUUGCCAGCACCACAAUGCCGCCGCGGUUCGGACCCUCCUCGAUCUCGGUGCCGCUUCCAAUCUCACAACUCCAGACAGCGGCGGCCGAUUGCCUCUUCACACGGCAGUCGAUUGGGUGACCUUUCAGCAAGUAAAGUAUGUGGAGCAUCCUUCUCACAAACCCAUAUGCAUGCCGUCCAUCCACGAGACCGUCGCGCUGCUCCUGUCCGACGACAAGAUGCGCCGCGCCACACUCAACGCAAAGGACGUCUUGGGACGCACGCCACUCCACCUCGCGGCGGGGAGCUUCCGCUAUAUUCCCGUCCUGCGCCAGCUCCUCGACCACGGCGCCGACCCAUCCAUCCGAAGCUUCGACGGCGAUAGCUUGCUUCACGCCAUCUUAUCAUCCAGCACCUGGCAGUACUCUACAGAGUCUACUUUCAAUUACCGGGAGCGCGAGGUACAUAUCGACGAAGCACUCUUCCGCCGCUUGCUCCGCCCGCCGGUUCCAAUGCACGACACCACCACCACCACCACCACAACAAACAACACCACAAACCACCCGGACGUCGACCUCCCUGACCAGGCUGACCCCAUAACGACUACUACGACCCUCGUCAACGAGCCCGACAGCCAGGGCAACACACCCCUUCACCUAGCAGCCGCCGCCUGGCUAGAGCGCAGCAUCGCCAUCCUCCUGCACCUCGGCGCCGACCCGCGGGCGCGCAACCACGCCGGCAACACGCCAGCCCACCUAGCCGCCCAAAUACCAGUACUACCACCACUACCGCCCCCACCCCACAAUCACAUCACCGCCGGCGACGACGAGGACGACGACAGCAUCUUAACCGAGGCGCUAGCGAUGCAAGACCGCGUCAUGGCACUCCUCCGCCUCCCUCCCCAAACUCAAACUCAAACUCAAAGUCACCAAAGCGAGAAGGAUAGCACGCUGACGCUGACGAGGGGUGGUGGUGAAAGCGGCGGCGGCGGCGGGCGUGUGUUUGUCAAGGCGCGGGCGCUGAGGGAGGGGGCCGCGCGGGAGCUGAGGCGGAUUGACGACGACGACGACGAGGAGGAGGAGAAGGAGGAGCUGCCGAUAGAGGCCGGCGAGAUGGGCGUUAAGCAUGAUAGCCGCCACACCACAGAAUCCAGAGAGACUAUCAAGAACAUUUCUUAG